AACCCGGAACCAGUGAGAACGCAGGACUAGCCGGAGCCCGGAAGUGCGGACUAGCAUUGCGGCCUUUCCGGAAGCUCAGGUUUAAGCAUGGUUUUGGGAGGCAAGGAACUCAAGAGAAAGAAGGGCCGGGAGCGGAGACAGAGCUCUGAAGAUGGCGUGGGGAAUGCGGCCGCCGACUACCUGGUGGGACAGGUCGCCGACAGCCUGCGGGGCGGCCAGCGCCCUCCUGGAGGCGGGACAGGGCGGCUGGCCGCACUCUUCAGCACCGCGGAGCCACGGGCCCCACCUGUGUUUGUGCCUGUGCCCCAGGAAACAUCUAAAAAGAGAAAACCCGAUGAUGAAGAAGAAAGUACAUCCCAGAUGACAAAGCCAGCUUUGCAAAAGCCUCCCAAAAAAGCGAAAGUGAAGAGACUCUCUGAUGCAGACAAGAGGCUGGCAAACAGGGAAAGUGCUCUAGCAAGUGCUGAUCUAGAAGACGAGAUUCAUCAGGAGCAGGGGCAAGAAAGGAGAAAGUCUCAGUCUCGUGGUAAAGCAGCAGGUGGAGAAGCGCUUGGUGUUGCCCUCAGCCUCGAUGGGGACCAAAGACCAAAAAUCCCACUCAACCCUGAAGAAGAACGGUUGAAAAAUGAGAGGACUGUGUUUGUUGGCAAUUUGCCUGUCACAUGUAAUAAGAAGAAGCUGAAGUCAUUUUUCAAAGAGUAUGGACAGAUAGAAUCUGUACGAUUUCGUUCUGUGAUGCCAGCAGAGGGAACACUAACCAAAAAGUUGGCCGCAAUAAAACGUAAAUUUCAUCCUGACCAGAAAAGCAUCAACGCAUAUGUAGUGUUUAAGGAUGAGAGUUCUGCUGCAAAAGCCCUGCAGAGAAAUGGGGCCCAGAUUGCAGAAGGAUUUCGUAUUCGAGUUGAUAUCGCAUCUGAAACCACCUCUAGGGACAAGAGAUCGGUAUUUGUUGGGAAUCUUCCUUACAAAGUUGAAGAGGCUGCUUUGGAGGAACACUUUCUGGACUGUGGGAACAUUGUGGCAGUGAGGAUCUUGAGAAACCCACUCACAGGAGUCGGCAGAGGGUUUGGCUAUGUGCUGUUUGAGAAUACAGAUGCGGUUCAUCUUGCUUUGAAGUUAAAUCAUUCUGAGCUAAUGGGAAGAAAACUGAGAGUUAUGCGCUCUGUCAAUAAAGAAAAGCUACAACAACAGAGUUCAAAUCCAAGCUUGAAGAAUGCCAGUCAACCUAAGCAAAAACUUAAUUUCACUUCCAAAAAUGCAGGACAUUCCAAAAAUGCAUUCACUGGAGAAAAGGCAGUUCUCAUGAAAAAGAAGAAAGGACAAAAGAAAAAAGUCAGAACAAAGAAACCAAAAACCCAGCAGUAAUGACAGAAGCUGCCUCCUUCCUUUCUGUGGUGAACCCUUGCAAUGAGCGUCUGGAUUUUUUAUGGAUUGUGUGGAAAAUGUGGACACUUCCAAUUGGCGUUGUGGUUUUUUUUUUGUUUUGUAUUCAUAUUAUAUGUAAGGCUUCUUUGAAGCAUUGUUCUUAGAAAUGGACUUACAGAAAAAUAAUAAACAUUAAUACUGGAUGUACUUAGACCAGGUGUUCAAAUGGUUACUGUGGGAAUUCUGAUUCCAAAUGUAGUCAUGGUCCCUAAGAAAGACUGGGAGCUGUCUGUAAUAUACACCCACUCUUCACCUCUCAUUUUUCUUUCUCUUGGCUCCUGUAGUAGAACUCUACAUUUCUAUCUUACUCCGUCCAUCUAAUUAAUUGCUAACCAAUAAGAGCACCAGAAGUGUGAUUGACUUCUAGUACAUUGUCAGCAACGAGAGUGGUCAUUAAUGUCCUUGACCGGUUGGCUGUAAAACUGGUUUCAUAGGAAAAAUUCUCUCUCAUUUAAAUGUGAUCCUUAAAUUAGUGUUACUCAGAAUGAAAUAGCUGCCCCAGAAAGUUUAAAGACAAUAUUUCUUAAUGAAUUAUGGUAAUUAAAUUGCAAACUUUAAAGAAGAAUGACAGGACAGCAUACUGCUGUGUCCCCUAGGGGCUUGGCCUGGCUAUAACUAAUAACAUUGAUCUCACCAAGGCGAGAUUGGGUCCAGGAUGGAGAGUUGUGGGAAUGGGUAAGCCAAGGUGGCUGAUUUAGGCAGGCAGAGUCUGUAGUAAAAGCACAUCCUAUCACUUAGGUAGGCAAGAAGACAGGAUGAGUUUUCAUUUAGUUUUGAAAAUUCUGUCUUUGGGAAAUACUAUGUAGAAAAUAUAACAGGGUGUUUAAAACGUAGCUCUAGCGGCUGGGGAGAUGGCGUCUUGGUUAAGAGCAUGCACUGCUCUUCCAGAACCUGAGUUCAAUUCCUAGCACCCGUGUCAAGUAGUUCAAACUGCCUGUAACUGAAGCUCCUGGGUCCAACUCCGGGCCUCAGGCACCUACACUCAUGUAUAUAACUACACACAGACUAUACAUACAAUUAAAAAUGGAAGUGUAGCUCUUUGAGAGCAGAGAAAGCUCCAUUUCCUGUAUCCAAGUCUGGAUAUUUUAUGCUUUGUUUCUCUUAACAAUAUUUAGAACCUUUUCAGUUAAGUCUCAGCAAUGUUACUUGAUCAUUCUUGAGCAUUUUUGCCUAAAUUAUAUAAAAGAUGCAACAUUAGAUUGUGUGUUCUGAUGUGAUCUGUGUGCAUACUUAGGACUCCUGUGAAUGAGCAGCUUAAAGCAUGCAGAUCACACACACACACACACACACACACAUAACUUUAUUAUUAUGUGUGUAUGUGCAUAUGUGGAUGCAGGUGCAUACAUUCCACAGUUUGCAUGUGGAGGUCAGAGACACUGGAGUUCUCUCCACAUGCACUUUUAUUCACUGAGCCAUCCUACUGGCCACAAUGUUUUGGAAUUUAUUACUGUGUAAUUAUUGAAAUUUCUACUUUCAUAAGCAGAAUAUGUGUGUGCUACUUAAUUGUUUAAAAUAUAAAAAAGUAUUUUGUAGAACAUUUUCCUAAGGUGCUCUGUAUAAUUUUUUUUAACCUGGAAAAAUACUUGUCUUGUGUUAUAUCUGAUUACUUACAGUCCCAAGACUAUGUAUGAAUGGUCAACAGUGGUUAGAAGUUGGCUUUUAACUGUAAUAAAAAUCCUGGGUAUGUGUUUUUUAA